AAUGCGGAGAUAUUCAGAAACAGACUACAGAUCGACAAUCAAACUGGAUCUCUGACCAUCAGGAACAUCAGAACAACAGACUCUGGACUUUAUCAACUGAUAAAAUACAAACCUUUCUACUUCAAUGUUAUGGUCUAUGCUCGUCUGCCCAUUCCUGACAUUACUAGGGACUCUUCAAACUGUUCAUCAUCAGGAUCUUUAGAUCAGAAUUGUUCACUGCUGUGUUCAGUGUUGAAUGUGAGCGCUGUGACUCUCUCCUGGUACAAAGGAAACAGUUUAUUGUCCAGCAUCAGUGUGUCUGAUCUCAGCAUCAGUCUCUCUCUACCUCUGGAGGUGGAAUAUCUGGAGAACAACAUCUACAGCUGUGUGAUCAACAAUCCCAUCACAAACCAGACCACACAUCUGGACAUCACUCAACUCUGCCACAAAUGUGCAGACUCUGUUCACUGUUGCGGUUUCACUGAAGUUGUUAUUCGAUUGGUCAGCUCUGCUGUGGUGGGCUUGGCUAUUGUUGCCAUAGUGAUUUAUGACAUAAAAUCCAGAAGAGCUAAGUUCCUGAAUGAUGGUCGUGAAAAUCCUGGAAAUAGAGAAUUUAACAGUCACUGGACAGGAAACGAAUACAAUCUUGAUGAAAUUUAAAUAUUGAUAUAUUCAGCUGUAAAAUAUUUCAUUAAAUAAGUAAGAACAUUUCUCUUGAUUACCACUUCAAUUCUGUUGGAACUAAACUCUGCAGGACAUCGGCA